CCCCGGAAGUGCAACUUGAACUUGAUCGGGGCGCGGAUUCCCGGGAGGGAAAGUCAUAACAACCGCACGGGGGAGUUCGACUGGCGAGCUGGAAGGCCACGCCUCCUCGCGCCAACCCCCACAGCCCUGCAGCUGGGGGCAGAGCUCAGACUGUCUUCUGAAGAUUGAUGUCUGUUUCCUUGAGGUCUUUAAUUUUGUUGCCAAUUUGGAUAAGCAUGGCUCAAAUCCAGCAGGGAGGUCCAGAUGAAAAAGAAAAGACAACAGCACUCAAAGAUUUAUUAUCUAGGAUAGAUUUGGAUGAACUAAUGAAAAAAGAUGAACCACCUCUUGAUUUUCCUGAUACACUUGAAGGAUUUGAAUAUGCUUUUAAUGAAAAGGGGCAGUUAAGACACAUAAAAACUGGGGAGCCGUUUGUUUUUAACUACCGGGAAGACUUGCACAGAUGGAACCAGAAAAGAUAUGAAGCACUAGGAGAGGGUGGCAGUAUCAUUUUACAGUCCCACCAGCAACAUAUCAUCACAAAGUACGUAUAUGAGCUUCUGGAAAAGGACUGUAAUUUGAAAAAAAUAUCUAUUCCAGUAGAUGCCACUGAAAGUGAACCAAAGAGUUUUAUCUUUAUGAGUGAGGAUGCUUUGACAAAUCCACAGAAACUGAUGGUUUUAAUUCAUGGUAGUGGUGUUGUCAGGGCAGGUCAGUGGGCUAGAAGGCUUAUUAUAAAUGAAGAUCUGGACAGUGGCACACAGAUCCCUUUUAUUAAGAGAGCUAUGGAUGAAGGAUAUGGAGUAAUAGUACUGAAUCCCAAUGAAAACUAUAUUGAAGUCGAAAAGCCAAAGAUACCUGUCCAGUCAUCUUCUGAUAGUUCAGAUGAACCAGCAGAAAAACGCGAAAGAAAAGAUAAAGUCUCUAAAGAAACAAAGAAGCGACGUGAUUUCUAUGAGAAGUAUCGUAACCCCCAAAGAGAAAAAGAAAUGAUGCAGUUAUAUAUCAGAGAAAAUGGCUCUCCUGAAGAACAUGCAGUCUAUGUGUGGGACCAUUUCAUAGCCCAGUCUGCAGCUGAGAAGGUAUUUUUUGUUGCUCACAGCUAUGGAGGACUUGCUUUUGUCGAACUGAUGAUUCAGCGAGAAGCAGAUGUGAAAAGUAAGGUGGCUGCUGUGGCGUUGACAGACUCUGUCCACAACGUGUGGCAUCAAGAAGCUGGCAAAACGAUUCGAGAAUGGAUGAGAGAGAACUGUUGUAAUUGGGUCUCUAGCUCAGAACCCUUAGACACGUCAGUGGAGUCCAUGCUGCCUGACUGUCCCCGAGUCUCAGCAGGUCUAGACACAGCUUGCUUCAGCUGGCCCACGACUGACAGGCCACUCUUUGCCAGGUGGUUCUAACUGGACCUCAGCAUAAGAAAACACUGCUGCCAAGCCUGCACACUCUCAGCUCCCUCUGAGAGUGCUCCCCUCCUGCCUCUGUGGGUGCCUGCUUUCUGUCCCCACGCAUUCAUUCAUCAAGAAUUCACCACGGACCAAGCAUUGCUCCAGGCGCCAGGACACAGCAGUGAGUUACAGUAGAUGAUAGUCCUGACAUGGAGCUUACGUUCUAGUAGCGAAGAAAAACAGUAACAAAAGGACAAAGAAAGAGAGUAUGUAUAUUAGAUGGGCUUCCCAGGUGGCGCAAUGGUGAACAAUCUGCCUGCCAGUGCAGGAGACACACGUUCCAUCCCUGGGUCGGGAAGAUCCCCUGGAGAAGGGAAUGACAACACACUCCAGUAUUUUUGCGUGGAGAAUUCCACGGACAGAGGAGCCUGGCGGGCUGCAGUCCAUGGGGUCACGAAGAGUUGGACACAGCUGAGUGACUGAGCACACACGUAUAUGUUAGAUGGUGGUCAUUGGUAGGAGGAAUAGAAAACAAGAUGAAAAGACCUGCGGUGUAUGUACAUGGAGGGGAAGAUUUGAAUUGUUAGGAAGGUGGCGAGGGAUGGCCUCUUUGAGAAGAUGACACUUCCAGAACCUUCUUUCCAGUCCUAAUCUUCUGCCUUUCCUCUCUGAUACAGACAGUGCAUAUUUUCCUGUCUAUUUAAUAACUUUAGAGAUCCUUUCCCUAGAUUUUGGGAUAUCUACCGAGCUAAUGAAAUCAUUGAAAUCAUUGCUCGUAUACCCUCACGGCAGUCUCUUGCUCUGAGUUCUUGAAAACCUGACAUUCUCAUCAGGUCCCUUUAUCAGUCUUCUGAGGUUUAUGGUAACCAUAAAGCACAGUUAUCAGAAAGUUAUUAAAGUUAUCCCACUCUGCCUUAAGCAAUGCAUACAGAAAGGUGUCACAUCUGUAUGGCAUUCUGGGGGUUGACAGACAGUGGUCACCCUCCUGACUGAGCUCACACCUGAAGGGUGAAAGGAUCAGUAUUUCCAUGUACCUGUGAGCCUUUUGUGCCAGGCACACAGAAUGGAAAGCUUUUACCACCCACCAUUAAGGAAAUACCUGAACCCAGAUUCAUUAAAACUGUAUGGUGUAGAUGUCUGAUUCUUGUCCAUAUAUUCCCUCCGCAAACUUGUAUCCAUCUCAUUUGUUCUCACCCAUGUCAUGGCUUGAGAUAGCCUUUAUUUAUUAUUUCAGCUUACUUAGAACAGUAGAUAUAAACCUAAGUACCUCAAAAUUUAGAAAGGUAACAGUAUAUAAAUGGUAAAAAAGGAAGAAGUAAAGGGUGAGGGGGAAAGAACCAUAGUGGAUGUCUUAAGAGAUUAGAAUUAAGCUUGAAGACUUACUGUAUUUAGAUGAUCCUGUCUCAUUCUAGAUGUUGAAGGGGACCAUUAAAUAACAUGUUACCCGUCAAACCCCAUUUCCCUGCUGGAACAGGGCAUAGAAGAUUAGCAAUUUCUAGGCGAAUUUGAACUGUAGAAAACCUGCUAAUGAAACCCCAAUAUUUCUUUGCUUAGAUGAUCCAGACUAUUUACACUGACUUAAAUUACUGAAUAUUUGCUAAAUAUUCACUUCACUUUAUUGCCGAAAAUAUGUGUUGAGGAAAUGACACUAAGGAGUUCUGUCUUUUCUUUGUUAGUGACUAAUCACUUCCUUCUAAAGAUAGCAAUGAAAAGUCAACCGUAAUUGCUUCUAGAAUGUGGUAUCAUUCCGAAUGUGUAGAUGCACUGAGUUGUCUAAUAUGUUUUUAGACAUAGCUCAAAUUAAGUAGGUUUUUGAAAAAUCUAUACUUUGUCUUGUAAACUGCCUUUAAAAUUCGAGACAUACUAGUACAUAUGAUACUGUUCCACUUUUGACUACUUGUACUGCUCAAGAAUUUUAGCACUCUGCUUCCUUCCAUUCAAAGGCUAUACAUUCUAAUUCUUUAAGUGAUGUUUUCAUUAACUAAAUAGCACUUUUCAGGCAGUUUUUGUUCUUUACUGUGGAAUUUGCCUUAUAGCUGUUAUUCAUAGGUUGGUUUCCUUAUUCAUUGUUCUAUGCUACCUUAUAAUUAUUAGUUAAUAUUAGGGAUGAGUGUUCUAAAAGUUGACCCUAGAAGUUCUUGUGUUUUCAGUGAAUCAUUCAUUGUAAUUAGCUGAAAUCUGGAACUUUGGGAAAAUAACUGAUUAGUGAAUCAUUUUAAAUAAUACAAAUAAAUGUAUAAAUAUAUAUAUGCACACUUAAUCAGGUCCAGUAUUAUCCUGUGACUUUGGCUUUUUCAGUUUUCAAGUAAUCACAGUGAAUAUAAGUAGUUUCACUCCAGAAAUCUCACUUUAAAAAAAAAAUUAAAAAUAGCCACCAUUUUUUUUUACAGCUUUCUGACCCAAUUUGUGAAAAAUUCAUCAAAGAAUCUGGCAGUAAAGGUGACAAGUCUCCUUUUACUGAGCUAACUUUUCCCUUAAAAGAUAAAAAGAUUUUAACUAAUUAUUUUGGAAUGCUUGUGGAUAAAUAACCAAAUAAUAUGAAUUUAUAUCUGUACUUGAAACUUGUGUAAGUUGUAAAUUAAUCUGUGAGAGAGAAUGUUUUUACAAGUCCCUGCAACGGUGUCUCGUGGGCCUUAGUGCUAUGUCCCCUAAUUGCUGGAAAAGUAAGUUGGGACCAGUGAUGCCUAAGACGGAAAUCUUCAUCCUUUUACCAUGUGUUAAGCAUUGAUGUCCCCUGCAUGGCUGUCUGUGUUUCUCUUGUCCUCUUUUUCUCCUCCCCUCUGUCAUCUGUCUGAGUCACUGCUCUGCAUGGUCACGCUGGGUCUGCAUAUCACCUCAAACUCUUUCUCUGUCGUCUGGUUUAGUCCCCGUGGGUGUCUCUUACAAUUUCUGUCUUCUGUGUCUUCCUGGCUUCAGUCUCCCCCACCCAGAGACUCUUUUUCCUCAGCCUGUGGAAUCUCAUCUGGCCCAGCCCACCAUCUCUGCCCUUCCCUUCCUGACCUGAGUGUUUUCCCCAGGUCCACUGCCCUUCACCUUCUCUUUGACCAACCAUGCGAUAAGGCCCUCCCAACUCCACCCUUCCUGCCUGCCUGCUCUGUCUUGUCACAGACAGACAUCAAGUCACCAGCAGUAAAUCUGUCUACUGGCAGAAAUACACCCCCCACCAAACAUACCCCUUCAGAGAAACUACAUUGCUUUCUAGUAGUGUGAUUCAGAACUUCAAAAUUAAAUGUUCUUUGUUACUGAAAAGAAAAUUCAAAGUGAAUGUUAGGCACCAGAGAUAGGUCAAAAAAACCUAAGAUGUUCUAUGUUAUCAGCACUUUAAAUCAGGGCUAUUUUUUUUUAUGUUUUUGUUUCAUCAUAGUUCUUAAACUAUAGUCCUUCUUUAAAGGAAAAUAGUCCUGUUUAAUGAAAAAUCUUUGAAAGAUAAUUUGAUCAGUGACUCCAGAUUUAGGUAUUAAUACUGAUUUAACUGAUAUAUGAUAUCUAAAUAUUCUUUGAGAAUUGGCUGUAAUAUUUCCACCCUUAUUAUCUCUAUCGUAAUGUCCCCUUCAACCAUACAUAUUUCACCCCAAGUAUUUAAUAUGUUCUACCAAUUGAGACAUCAUGUACCAGCUAGUUUAUACAUGUUUUGAAUAAUCUUACGGUACAACCCUUGACAAAAUUCAGUUGUUUUAUAUGAUUUCUUAAUUUCUAAAGUAUUACAGAAGUUACUUGUUUAAAAUUGAAGCAAAUAAACAUAUACUUCAUUUUAAACUUUGUUUAUAGCGAUGAUCUUUAAAAAUGAGACUUGUGUAAGAGACGAUAAAUUGAAAUUUUCUAAUAAUCUUCUAAAAUCAAUAGUGGCUUAGAGAUUCUUUUGUUUUUAGCUAGUUUCAGACAUUUUAAAAGAGCAAAGGGAAUUUUUUAUUUUAAAUAAAUGGCCUUCAAAGAAAUUUAGAGUCUAAAUGGAACCACACCUUUCCUGCUUACUUUCUAGAAGAAACGUAAUUAAAUUUAAAAUAAGACAUUGUUAAUUUAAGGCCACAGAUACAAAUGGUUAAACAUAACCAAUAUGUGGGAAAGCUAUUUGUGGAACUACAUGAUGUGUGGGUUGAAUUUUAUAAUAAAAAGUAUAGUUUUCCAUAACCAUUGUAGUUUAGAUUUUUACAGCACUUCUCUUUUGAAGUAUUAAUCCCUCAGCAUUAUUUGGUUUUGCUUUUCUUCAGAAAUAAUAUCAAGCAUGCAAAAUCAACAGAGGCAACAAAACUUAAAUUUUAGAAAAGCCAAACUUAAUUUUUUUUACCAAUUAGUUAUUGAUUUAAUUAUUUCCCCCUAAAAUUAGAGCCUAAUUCCAUGUCUUACUUCAACUAUGAGUUAUUCUUGCUUCUCUUGGGGUAAGAAACUAACUGUAAAUAUUCACUCCUUAAUUCUGCAAAGAUUUUUUGAGCACUUAAUGGGUACUCGGCACUAGUCUAGACUCUAAAGAUCGCUGCAUAUGAUUCUUGUCCCUCAAGGAACUCAUAGACUCCUAGAAAAAAAAGCCUUUUGCUUACUUCAGGGAUUCUUUUUGUUCCUAAUCAGAAGUUGAUCGUGGAAAUAUGUGAGGUGGAGAGGAAGGUUAAGGACUUAGGAACUCCUUCAGGAACCCAAGAGUAGAUCUUAGUUCCAUGACACCCUCCUUUAUUAAAUGGUAAGCCCACAAGUAUUUAAGACCCACAGCAUCUUUUCCAAGUGUCUGUCUUCCUUCCCUGCUGUUAUGAGACCCUGACUUUGGCUCUGUGUUUCAAAUGGGUGUGUUAUUUGUCAUUUCAAAAUUCUUUAGUGGUGGUGUCAGUAUUUAUGAAGAAGAGCUUUGGAUUUAACAUGUAUGUGAGAAAUUUGUAUUCUCCCAGAUGUGUGGAGAAUUAAUUCUAUUUCAUGGCCAGAUGAAGAUCUACAGUCAUACUGUCUAUAAAGUGAAGAUCAUACUAGUACAGUCUUAUCAGGUUAUGGCCAGAAUUAAGUAAAAUAAUCUUUCCAGGACUGUUCAAAUAGUACCUGACACGUAGUCACGACUCAAUGAAUGCAUGGUGUCCUCACUUUGCGUGGUUCAAAUACACACAAAUUUCAGUUACCAUAGUUUAGUGAAAUAACACCAAACCCCCAAAAUAAGGUUCAGAAUUUCACUUACCAUAAUCUAUUAACUAUUAAUAACUGCAUUAAGUACAAAUAUAGAUGCAAAUAACAGAUGCACAUCAUGGUCCAUUCCCAAUCGUAUCACUUUUUAAAGAAAAAUCCGUCACUGACUGAGCACUGCAUAUCUGUUAUUCAGUUCAUACACAGUAGCACUCUCUGUAUUUACAAAAACGGAUGGUCAGAAGAGAGAUCUGGCCAACGGAGAUGAAAGUGAAGCAAAGACAUAAAAUGCUGGAAGUGCAAUUGGAAAGCACUGUAACGAAAAGAUGAAGAUGUCCCAGAGGAAGUGAUACUGGCAGAGAAACACUUCACAUCAAAUGAACCCUUAGAGAUAUUUCAUGACAUUGGAAGAGUGAAGGAUCAAAUGUUGGAAGCUGCUCCACACUCGGAGUGUGACAGUUCGCCAAGGCACAGAAAAGAUUUGCUUGAACUGUAUAAGUUAGGUGACAAGGAAAAAAGCACUAUUCAGACUUACAAACUACUCUUAGUAAGUUUUUUUGCAAAGGAAUAAAGUGUCUUAAUUGUCAGUGUUUUAAUGUUUUUGAGAUGCAGUGUAUUAAGUACAAUGUCUUACUCUUUUUUUUUUAUUCCCCUACCCUAUUGAUUUUUAGCUGACAGGAAGAGGAUUUUUAGUGUUAUGACAAAAAAAAAAAAAAAAAAUUCAAAGAUUAUGGAACAAUCACAGUUUUGUUUUGUUUUGUUUUGUUUUUCAUUGAUUAUUGUGAUCACUUUGCCUGGUUUCAGAGGAUUUUUAGUGUUAUGACAAAAAAAGCAUUCAAAGAUUAUGAAACAACUACAGGUUUUUUUUUUUCCAUUGGUGAUUAUCACUUUGCCUGGUUUCAGAGGAAUUUUAGUGUUAUGACAAAAAAAAAAUUCAAAGAUUAUGGAACAACCACAGUUUUUUUGUUUUCAUUGAUUAUUAUGAUCACUUUGCCUGGUUUCAGCUUGUCUGGUCCUCUGUGUAGUCCCACAGUACUGUGCAAAAGCAAGAACUUCCUAUUGUUAUUAGAAAUGAUUUUAUCCAACAAUUAAGUACAGUAGUUUUAGAAAAGUUGUUCUUUACUCUCCAGUAUUUGAGAAUCAAAGCUUUCUGUCAUUUCUCUUCUGCUCCCGUCCUUCUGUUUCCUAGAUUAUCUAAGUCCUGACUCUGGUCAUGUUUCACCAUGACUCUCAAAACUUCCCAGCACAUCCUAUACACAACUACAUCUUUAAACGCCUCCAUUUUCCGACUCUUCAGCAUCCUCCCUAUUUCUUCACUCUUCUAAUCUCUUUCCAUUUCACGCUGACCUUUCCCUUUCCUCUCCUCCCCGCUAGGCACUGUAUUCUGUGGCUCCCCUGAAAGCCGUCGGCUCUUUAACACACUGCCCUCCUUUCAGACCACGGCCGCCCCGUCUGUGCUGUGCUUCGUCGCUCAGUCGUGUCCGACUCCUUGCGACCCCAUGGACUGUAGCCCGCCAGGCUUCUCUAUCCAUGGGAUGCUCCAGGCAAGAAUACUGGAGUGGGGUGCCAUUUCCUUCUCCAGGGGAUCUUCCCCACCCAGGAAUCGAACCCGGGUCUCCUGCAUUGCAGGCAGGCUCUUUACCGAUUGAGCUACUAGGUAAGCCCUGCCCUAGAACAUAUCCUUAUGAGAAGCGUCUGUAAAUUCAUUGGUUUCUUCUUUGUGCUUCAUCUGCGUUUGUGUCAAUCAUGAAAGACAAAAGUCUUUCUUGAAUUUACAUUAUUACAAGAAAUUCUACCGUUCUGUUUGGUUUCUUAGGGAGAUUUCAGGGACAUUCACAGAGAGGCCCUGAGCUUACGAUGGUAAUGGCACCAAAGUCAAUCAAUUUGGAAUCUCCUUAAGAAAAAAGAAAUUUUCGCAGCACGUGAAAGAGUUGAGUCCUGUAAACAAAUUCCCUUCUACUUCUCACUCACUCCUCUGAGCCCAUGUCACAACCUGAAUUACUGGUUUCGUUGUUCAUAAGCCAUCAUUUGUUAGGUGUAUUUUGCUGUGCAGUGUAAGAGAACAUUUAUUCUCUAAACAAGUUAUGUGCAUGCUCAGUUGCUUCAGCUGUGUUCGACCCUUUGCGACCCCAUGAACCCAGUAGGCUCCUCUGUCCAUGAGAUUUUCCCAACAAGAGUGCGGGAGUGAGUUGCCAUGCCCUUCUCCGAGGGAUCUUCCCGACUCAGGGAUAGAACCCACGUCUCCUGCAUCGCAGGCAGAUUCUUUACCAUUGAGCCACUGGGGAAGCCCUAAACCAGUUGUGUAUCUCUUACUUAAAAGUGUAAGCAGAGUACAAAUCUGAUGCAGAAGACGGUGACUGUACCCUGACUGGAAUCAUCAAUGUGAGACCAUCCUUAAAGCCUUUCUUCUUUAACAGUGGCAUGCUCAGCUGAAAAGUUUGUUUAAAUCC